AUGGCAUCAGAUGGCAUCAAUGUGCUGCUAUUUAGACUGCAACUUCCUGCACUUUCUUAUCAUUCAAGACCAAGAAGAGUGAACAAGAACUUACUUUCUGGCUGGUUUUUGGUUAAAAUUAACGUGUGGGAUUUCUGAAGAUGGAAAAAGGAUCCUACCCACAAGAAUCAGCUCCUCCAUACCCUGGCCCUCCCAUGGAAUAUGGCCAGCCAGCGAUGUAUGCUCCACCGGCCUAUUCCACUCAACCAGGUUUCCCCGCUCAGCCAGGUUUCCCCGCUCAGCCAGGCUAUCCCGUUCAACAAGGCGUCUCUGCUCAAUCAGGUUUCCCCGCUCAACCAGGUUUCCCCGCUCAACCAGGUUUCCCCGCUCAGCAAGGAGUCUCUGCUCAACCAGGUUUUUCAGCUGUUCCUACUGUAACUCACGUGACAAUAUCAACUGGUCUAUAUGACGCUCCGGGACAGACCUUUUGUCCCCACUGCCAGGAAACUGUGGUCACCCUAACGGAGCCAGAGCCAGGAUUAUUGACCUGGCUUGUUUGUGGAGGAUUGUGCUUUGUGGGGUGCUGGCUGUGCUGCUGUAUCCCAUUCUGCCUCGAUUCCUGUAAUGACGUGAAGCAUCGUUGUCCAAGAUGCCAUCAUGUGAUCUACAUAUACAAGAGGAUGUGAAACUAGUCCCACAAGAAACUCAAAAAAUAAGAGUUAACAUUUAGGUCUCACAUGUCUUAUACUGGAAAUGCCAAUUCUUCUUUUUUUUUUUUUUUAUAAUUUUUUGUUUUUUGUCAAGUUGUAUGAAAUUGUUUUUCUGCUGAAAUUAAAACAAGAAACACUCAUAUUAAACAACCAAGCAUACACAGAGGCAAACAAAAUGGGAAUUUGGAGUAUCCACUUGACCUAACGAUCAUAUUUUUGGACUGUGGGAGGAAGUCGGAGCACUCAGAGGGAACAAAGUUGUGCUUGGAGGUGAACAUGUAGACUCCAUGCAAACAGACCCAUUGCAAGGAUUCAAACUUUUGACCUUCUUGCUGUCAGGGAACAGUAAUACAUACUGUACUGUGAAGCCAUUAUCCCAAUAAUGCCUUGAAAUAAUGGUUGUGUACAAGCCUAUUGCCAGCAAUAUAAAACAUAUUUAAAUGCCUGAAUUCACACUCUGGAACCAUAAGGGCUAAUUCCAUUAUAUUCUAAAUGUAAAUAGACUAUUCCUUUUAUUUGGUUUGAGAAAACCUUUGCUUCCUCACCCAUCUUUUCUCACUCUCCAUGUAUGUAUUUACGAUUAUUAAUAGUCCUGUUCAUGUCAUGACUAAAUAAAGCAUCAAAUACAUAGAA